AUGAGCAAGAUUAUUAGCCUAGGAAUAUGGGCCCUUGGCCUUUUACUGAUGGCAAGCCAAAAGCAUUCACCACUGCUUUCCAAUAUAGGAUUAUCUGUGCUUGCGUAUAAAGCAACGGCGUUUUUCAUUCCUCGCGUUGGAGCGGCUUUCAUACGUCGAGGAUUUUCAGGAAAAGACAUGAACAAGGUAGAGAAGCGCGUGAUUCCGGAAACCAUGGGAGCCGUUUCUGCAAUGGUGUAUUUCAUGUGCAUGAUAUUAUUUAUCCCGGUCCUAUUUUACAAGUACUUGGUCCCUGAACGAUCUCGAAACCAGCAAGACAAUCCACUCGGAGUCUUGAGUGACGGAUACACUUCCGUAGCUGAGGUCCAGUUUCCUCAUGACCAGCUAGGAGCUUACUUAUCUGCUGUUAUUUCCAUUUUAUCGAUUUCUUUACUUGGUAUAUUUGACGACUUAUUUGAUAUUCGUUGGCGCCAUAAGUUCUUUCUCCCAGCAAUCGCGGCCAUUCCUUUACUAGUAGUUUACUAUGUUGAUUAUGGAGUCACUUAUGUGUCCGUUCCCACUCUUUUACGUCCAUUUUUUCAACGCACUGUCGUAGAUUUGGGAUUUCUGUACUAUAUUUACAUGGCAGCGGUUGCUAUUUUCUGUCCAAAUAGUAUCAACAUUAUUGCAGGCGUGAACGGCGUGGAGGCGGGGCAAUCAUUUGUGAUAGGUCUCGUCGUCCUUUGCAACGACUUAAUUUACGUCUUUCACCCAAGCAACCCUGAAGCUGUGCGUGCUCAUCUUCUAUCCAUCUAUCUCAUCCUUCCUUUACUUGGAGUCACUGCCGGUUUACUAAAAUACAAUUGGUGGCCUUCCCGUGUAUUUGUCGGAGACACGUUUUGCUAUUUCGCCGGAAUGGUUUUAGCUGUUGUGGGUAUUCUGGGACAUUUUUCCAAGACGUUAAUGCUGUUCUUCAUCCCACAGAUCUUUAAUUUUAUACUCUCAGUACCCCAGUUAUUUGGUUUUGUUGAAUGUCCUCGCCAUCGUCUCCCUCGCUUGAACGUGAAAACCGGAUUGCUAGAAAAUUCUUACACGGUAUUUACUGAAGGAGUCCCUUUGCCUACCAAAACGUUACUAACGAUACGUGUAUUCGAAGCAUUUCGUCUUAUUCGUGUUGACUGGGAUCAUAAAACGAAGAGGCCUACUAGAUGCACAAAUUUCACAAUCAUCAACUUCGUUUUAUAUCAUUUCGGUCCUAUGCGAGAAGAUCACUUAACACUUUGCAUCAUGGGAAUCCAACUCGCUGUUGGCUUGUUUGGCUUGAUUAUACGACAUGGGUUCGCUCCAUUAGUGUAUCCUCAAGACAAUAUCUAA